CAGCCGAUUUUGCCGAUCGGCCGAAUUUCGCGGCCAUGAUGGGCAAAUCGGCCGAUUUUUUACCGAUAAAAAAAUCUGCGCAUGAGCAAUGACCAGCAAGAGGAAGACAGAAAGAAGAAGAAGAAGAAGAAGAAGAGGAAGAGGAAGAGGAAGAAGAAGAGGAUGAAGAAAAAGAAGAGGAUGAAGAAGAGGAAGAAGAAGAAGAGGAUGAUGAAGAAGAGGAUGAAGAAGAAGAGGAUGAAGAAGAGGAUGAAGAAGAAGAGGAAGAAGAGGAUGAAGAAGAAGAAGAAGAGGAUGAAGAAGAAGAAG